AAAAAAAGGUGUACUAUGAUUUCAGUUACACUCACAUCAAAGUGGCUGCCCACACAUUUCUGCUCACCAAAUCGAACCAAUUGAACCAAAACACUCACGUCAAGAAACAUUUACCUUUUAUAACUCACUUCAUCCUCUUCCACCACUAAUUAACUCAUCGUACAAUGCACUACAAUCACAUUUCCUAUCAACCCGAUACCAUGAUCCCCUCUACCACCUCCGCUAAUCUCACUUCUCUUUCCUCCUCCUCCACUCAGAAUCUCGCUGGGAACUUUCUUUCCCGGCGUUUCUUCUUUCUGCAUGAUAUUCAAAUCUUGGAGCUUUUUCUUGCUUUAUUUGUGUUCGUUUCUAUACAUUCUUUGAGGCAGAAGAAACGUUAUGGCCUGCCCGUCUGGCCGUUUCUUGGAAUGUUACCGUCUUUGGUUUCCGGGCUUCAGGGGAAUAUGUAUGAGUGGCUUACCGAUGUGAUUUGUAGUCAAAAUGGUACCUUUAGAUUCAGAGGUCCAUGGUUUAGCAGUCUGAAUUGUGUGGUGACUGCGGAUCCUCGGAACCUUGAGUAUCUUCUCAAGACGAGGUUCUCUAAUUUCCCUAAAGGCAGUUUCUUUCGUGACACGGUUCGUGAUCUUCUGGGAGAUGGGAUUUUCAGCGCCGACGAUGAGACGUGGCAACGACAAAGGAAGACGGCAAGCAUUGAGUUCCACUCAGCGAAGUUCCGGCAACUCACUACUGAGUCAUUGCUUGAACUCGUCCACUCUAGACUGUUACCAGUCCUUGAAAAUUCAGUCAACAGUUUAGUUUCCAUUGAUCUGCAAGACAUCCUAUUGAGGCUAACUUUCGAUAACGUUUGCAUGAUUGCAUUUGGAGUCGACCCCGGGUUUUUGCGUCCGGGUUUGCCUGAAAUUCCAUUUGCGAAAGCCUUCGAGGACGCGACUGAGGCCACAGUGUUCCGUUUUGUCACACCGACUUGCAUAUGGAAAAUCAUGAGAUAUCUUGAUUUGGGGACUGAAAGGAAGCUCAAACAAUCCAUAAAAGGUGUUGAUGAGUUUGCGGAGGAAGUUAUCAGGAGGCGGAAGAAGGAACUCUCAUUGUCAAGUGAUAAAAACACGCAAAGAUCAGAUAUUUUAUCAAUAUUUAUGGGUCUGAAAAACGAACAUGGGCAGCCGUAUUCGGACAAGUUUUUGCGUGAUAUUUGCGUGAAUUUUAUUCUUGCAGGAAGAGAUACAUCUUCUGUAGCGUUAAGCUGGUUUUUCUGGUUACUUGAGCAGAAUCCGAGGGUUGAGGAGAAAAUUCUUGCAGAGAUAUGCAGGAUAGUUGGUGAAAGAGAAGAAGCGAAAAGGAAAGAGUCGCCUCUGGUGUUUAAGCCGGAGGAGAUAAAGAAGAUGGAUUAUUUGCACGCUGCAUUAUCGGAGGCUUUAAGGCUCUAUCCUUCGGUUCCUGUAGAUCACAAGGAGGUUGUUGAAGAUGACAUAUUUCCAGAUGGAACAGUGGUAAAGAGAGGAACAAAAGUGAUAUAUGCCAUUUACGCCAUGGGAAGAAUGGAAGCCAUAUGGGGAAAAGACUGCAGAGAAUUCAAGCCAGAGAGAUGGCUGAGAGACGGGCGUUUCAUGAGUGAAUCAGCCUACAAGUUCACAGCUUUCAACGGCGGCCCUCGACUGUGUUUAGGCAAAGAUUUUGCGUAUUAUCAAAUGAAAUUUGCUGCAGCGUCGAUUAUUUAUCGAUAUAGUGUGAAGGUGGCGAAAAAUCAUCCGGUGGUGCCGAAACUUGCUCUGACAAUGUACAUGAAGCACGGAUUGAAAGUAAAUCUAUACAAACGUCAGGAGUUGGAGCUUCAAAAGUACUACAGCAAUAACAAUCCAUGAAUGAAGGCUGAGCCUGAGCUUGUAUGAAUAAAAAAAUAUGGUUUUAUUAUUUCUUAAUUUUUUAAGAAAAUUAAUAUUGGUAUUGCGCUACAUCUACAAAUAUAUAGGAUUGAUCGAUACAAAACAGAUGUAUGAUUGUAUUAAAUUAUGUUUGAAUAAUGGAGUGGAUUGUUCAUGAUUAAGGUAGGUG